UGUGACUCUGUAGUGCCCAUUCACUGUGGUCACAUGGCCUACUUCUUCUUAACCACCUGCUGCAGAAGGAACAGAUGUCGUGGUUCUGGCCUCUGUGUGGUCCUGCCAUCCUCCGAGGAGCUGAAGGAGCAUCUCAUGCGGAUCAGGGCUCCAUCACUUCCUGUCAGGGCACACAGUGCUCCCAGCCUUGCAUCCUGCCUGAGAGUCAUGCUGUUGCUGGCCUGCAUGCCAGCGGCCUCCACACACCCAGAGUCACAGCCCUGACCUUUGUUCCUGCUCAGUCGCUGAGUUCCCGGCUUUCCCAGACAGUCUGGACAGGGACUGCAGACCGUGCAGCCGCAUAUGGGAGGUGACCACACCCCCUCGCACUGAUGACCGGGGAGGAGAUGGGAGGACCAGCACACUGGUGCCGCCCGAGCGGGAAGCUCGGGACUGUCCAGUCUCUAGUUCACUGUCUUCUGCAGGAAGCAGUAGACAACGCCUAGUUCUAAGAGAGCCCUUGUGUACUUCCCAACAGAAACCACAACCUGGGACCCUGAGAUGAGCUCAGAGCUCAGAGACAUCCUAGUACUACUGCCUACCUGGGAAGAACUGCGGCUGUCCGUGGAGGUCACAGCCACAGGGCAAGAGCUCUUCCGGCAGGUGUGUGAUACGGCACACAUUCGAGAAGCUUACAUUUUUGGCCUCAGCGUCAUCAGAAACAAUGAGUACGUGUUCCUGGAUUUGAAGGAAAAGCUCAGUAAAUACUUCUCAAAGGACUGGAAGAUCAAGCCACACAGAAGGGGUCAGAUAUCCAGGGCGCCCUUUAUCAUCUUCUUCAGAGUACAGUUCUACGUGGAAAAUGGAAGGGCGAUCAGUGACAAGACAGCCCGGCGCCUGUACUACUGCCACCUGAAGGAGCAGGUCCUGGGGUCCAGGUGCAUGCACAAAGAAGAGGCCUACUUUCUGCUGGCUGCCUGCGGGCUGCAGGCUGACCUGGGAAACCACCAGGAGACGGUCCACGUGGGCAAGUACUUCGAGCCCCAUGCCUACUUCCCUCAGUGGGUUAUCAACAACAGGGGACCUGACUACAUCCUCAGGCAUGUGCCUAGCAUGCAUCGUGAACAGCGGGGCCUGAGCCCCAAGGAGGCCAUACUCCACUUCAUCAGGGAUGCCUGCCAACUUGAGGAUGUUCCUGUCCACUUCUUCAGGCUGUACAAGGAGAAGAAGGACGAUCACCCUACCAUCCUUCUGGGACUCACUGUGCAGGGAGUGCACAUCUCUCGGGAGGCGGACCCCGCGCCCCAGCCGCUCUUCUACUUCCCCUGGUCACACAUUUCGAAGGUGACAUUUCUGGGGAAGAAGCUGAAGAUUCAGCCAGAAGGGCUGCCAGCAACACAGAAACUGCUGUUCUACACGGGCUACGCCUGGCGCUCCCGCUACCUGCUGCAACUGCUUCGCGCCACACACCAGCUGCACCUCAGCUUGCGGCCUGUGCUGCAGUGGCUCCAAAGGCUGGAGGAGGCAGAAGAGAAGAAGUGCUACCGGGAAUCCUACAUCAGUGACCCACUGGAGUUAGACCUGGACCCACGAAGCAGGAAGUACCUGGGCAAUGAGGACAACGUGGAUGGCAGACGACAUCCCUUCCUCUCCCACGCAGCAGGCACCGAUCCCAGCGCCCAGCGUGGGGCGUGUGAGAUGUCCGUGGAUGAGCCCACAGGGACUGAGAGUCUCUGUGGGACGACACCAUCCAGGAGUUCCUGGAGCAGCUUCAGCAGCCAUGAUGCCUGCACCAAGAGUGGAGCAGCUUCCCAGAGCCCUUCUCAGGAGUAUGAGUCAUGCUGAUCAGGACAUGGGGUCCAGAGAACUGAGGCCAUGCCCCAGUCUCAGGGACUACAUGAACAGGCGUCCUAGAACACAAAAGGCACAAAAGGCACCAGUCGUCAGGAUGAGAACUACCAACACAACUGUCUCUCUGUAGGCUGGGGAGGCUGACCCAGGGGUGACCAGGACCUCCACAGCCUGGACCACACGAGUCUGCACCAGCCUUCCCAACACCUUCUGAGUACUCACCAGUCACACCUGGGGCUGGCAAGAAGUUCCUAAACUACUUCUCCUGGAACUGGCCUGGUCAAGACUCACCCCUGCAGAAGUCUGUGGUGCAGGCAAGAGCUGGCCCUGUUUGUGCCAGUCAGUCUUGAAGGUGACUUGCUGGCAUCCAGCACCAUUUUGUCCAGGUCUGGCAAGGCAGUCCCUGGCCCUCAACCCUUUCUGCCCACAUAUCCAUCACCUAUUCUUUGCCUGCUCACCUGUAGGAGGGGUGGAGCCAGCUCUGACCUUAGCCUAGAGGUAGGGGUGGGCUCUGCUCUUCCUGUCUCUCACCUGGCCAGCAUAAGCUCUGAGUGAACGUUAGCCCUGAAGCAGCUGGGCUCUAAUCUGUGAGAGGUGUCAUAGUGGGACAUGGGCAUUAGAGGGCGCCCCAGGACUGCACAGUCAGCCUAGGCUGGCGGGGCUUUUCCAUCAGGACUCUGUAGACCCUUGUUCCAUAGCUUGCUUCUAAGUGCUACACCAAACACAGAGGCCUCUCGUACAGUGUGUGGCUCUGCCGUACCAAACACAGGGGCUUCUCUUGUAGUGUAUGGCUCAGUCCCACCCAGAGACCCAGAGACCCCUGCAAACAAAACACCAUUAGAUGCAAUGAAUUCUUUUCCUGUAAGAACCCCCUUACUCCCUCCUCAGGCUUCCUCCACCUGGCCAUGACAAUGUCACCAGGACAGUGGGGCAGGGCUGUCUGGGGGUCUCCUCUACCUCCUCACCACAGCCAGAGAGGUGCAGAAGCUGGUGAGCAGGCAUAAUAUGUGGGCUCUGGGAAGACCCGGUAGUGUGGUGGGUUAUCGACCCACAGACCCCUCAGGGCUCUUCCUGCCCCGGGUCCAAAGGAGAACCUGAUGCCACUUUAUUUGUGGGGGACUUGUGUGUCACUGUUAGUCACAAGUUCUUGGUAGCUGUGCCCAACACUGGGCCCCCUUCUAACCCCUACAUUUGCCAGAGUGGAGCACGAGUCUGGCUGGCUGGGUACUUCUUCACCUAGGCCUCUCCUCCCUGUGCAUCCUGAGCCCAGGCAGAGAGUGUGGUUGCGCCAACCAGCCAAGACGGUGGCUGAGGUGUGACUCACACAGGGGGCUGACUGAACUGAGGAUUCCAUUCCCUGGAUGGUGUGAUAAGAACAGAUUGGGAAUUGUGGACAGGACUGGGCAGCCAAAGCUGAUUCAGGCUCUCCAGAAGACCAGUAUACGAGUACUAUUGGUACAAAGUGGGGUUAACUAACCCUGACUGAGAGGCAUACAGUCUUCCAUUAGAGAAUCUUUGAGAAGAAGAAACCCCAGUGUCAGUGGAGGUCUGUGACAGCUGUGGUGCUAGGCGUGGGGCAGGGCUGAUUUCAGGACAUGCCCCCCCCCACAGACACACAGGUACACAUGCACACACACACACACACAUACACCAUGUUCAGGAACAGGAACGCAGACAGUGAUUUCCAUGACACGAAGCUAACCCAGUGAUGGAGGUGGGUCUUGUAAUAAUAAAGAAACUGCCUCGGCCCUCAUAGGACAGAAAAUUAGGUAGGUGGAGUAAACAGAAGAGAAUUCUGGGAGAAAGAAGCUGAGUCAGAGAGUCGCCAUGAUGCUCCCACUCCAGACAGACGCAGGUUAAGAUCCUCUCUGGUAAGCCAGCUCAUGGGCUACACAGAAUAUUAGAAAUGGGUUAGAACAAUAUGUAAGAGCUAGCCAAUAAGAAACUGGACCGAGCCGGGCCAGGCAGUGUUUGAAAGAAUACAGUUUCCGUGUAAUUAUUUCUGGGUAUAAGCUAGCCAUGCGGGCGGCCGGGUGCCGGGGACG